CGAGCACUUGCAAGAUACUAUAGCUAAAUAGCGAGCUUCAAAUGAAUGAGGAUGUAACCAGACAGAAGGGCGUCAUCCUGAAGCAAGGGAUCCUGGUGAAACGAGUGACAAUGUUUUCUGUUGCCUGGAGACUCCUGGUAACAGCACUGUAUAGCACUUGGUUGAAAUCCCAACCCAAAACUCUCACCUAUAUCUAUUCUAUUCUAUUUAUAAGGCGACCUACAGUAACACAGAGAAAUACAAUGGAAAGUAUUGAUACCGCAACUGAAGACAGACAACUGGAUAAGGCUUUGGGAGAGGCGAAGGUCCUCCGAAACAUGACCCGCCAAACUGUGUCCCUUAACACCCACCCGCUUAACCCGGAAACCAGCUGCACCAAUAUGUCGGAAGAAACAAAGUUCAACUAACAACCAAAGUCAGCCUGCAGGCGCUCGGCCUGCCACAAGGAGUCGCUAGAGCGCGAUGAGCCAAGUAAAGCCCCCCCAGCCAAACCUCACCCUAACCCGGAUGGGUCUCACGGUGAUGGCCAGUUGUGACACAGCCUGGGAUCGAACCAGGGUGGAGCCCUGCCUUGAGAGGGACAGACUGAGGAUGAGGGUCUCUGUGUUGGAGGAGAGUGUGAGGUCCUACGAGGUAGAGUGUAAAGCCAGCAGAGAGACGGUGAUGAGACUGGUGGCAGAGGUGGCCCGGGAGAGGAGGAACACAGCAGGCAGUGCAGAGGCUCUCGAUCUACUCAGACGGGAUUUAGAUAGUGCCUUGCUGACCAAGAGGAGCACAGAUAUGGAGAACCAGAGUCUAGCAGCGAGGUUGGAGGCCAAUCAGCGUGUGGUUGAGGCAGCCAAGCAGGAGGCAGGGUGCCUGGAGAGGCAAAUUCAGGAGCUGGAAGGGAAACUCCAGACCAGUCAGGGGAAAAACCAGGCUACAAAGGGGAGACUGCAGGCCCUCCUGGGGGAGGUAGGGGCCCUUCUGCAGCUGGGUCUCUCCAUGCCAACUGAGGAGGAAAUUCUACAGAGACUCGGGGACCUCUGCAACAGGCAGGAACGUAUGAAAGCGAUCAAGGAGGAGAUGGAGAGGAGGCUGUCCCAGGUCAGCGAGGAUGUGUCCAGGCAGACAGAGCUCCACCACAGUGCCCUGCAGAGAGCCCAGCUCGCUGAGCAACAGGUCACAGACCUCAGCGACAGGCUGCAGGGUUUGGAAGCUGAGCUGAUGACUUCAGACGUGCACCGGGAUGGGCUGAGUCAUAACAGACAGAUUUAUGAGCAGUUCCUGGAACAGUUGUCAGAGAGGAUGAAAGUAGACGGUAUCGCCACUGACCUGGGCUACGACAUGAGGCUACAGCUCAUUCUGUCUCGGGCAGAGCAACUUGUCAAAUUAGAAGGGACGGCAUUGGUGGAGAGCAAGACCCUGGCCCACAACCAACAGCGAAAGUUGAAGAUCCAGAAGGAGCGGUUGGAGAGUAAGGAGCUCCACAUGGAGCUGUUGAGGAGGAAGGUGUCUGAGCUAGAGGAGGAGAAGAGGACUCGCUCAGCCCUGGCCAUGCAGCGAGACGACGCCAACGUGACCGCCCGGAAGAUGCAGAAGAAGGUGGAGCGACUACAGGAGGAACUGGGAUCCAGUAAGGUCUCCAUCACAGAGCUCAAGGCCCAGCUGUCACACACCAACGAGCUGAAGCUCAAAGUCCUGGAGCAGAGUCAGACCAAUGUGGAGCAGAGUAAGAGUCUGGAGGACCUGGAGAAGGGCAAGGCCAAGGUGGAGAAGAAGCUCAGCACAGCCAGGACAGACCUACAGAGCCAGGAGCAUCUGGCCAGGGAGGCCCAGCAGCAGUUGACCAGCCUUAGACAGACCCUGGCCCAGCUCACUGACAGAGAGAGAGAGUUGGUAGACUUCCGUACGGUGGUCUCUCAGAUGUUAGGUCUGGAUGUCACAGCCCUGGCCCUUCCAAACUAUGAGAUCAUCAAAUCUCUGGAGAGCCUGCUUCACCCCCACCAUGACCUCCACCACCACUCCCUGGCCCUGUCCUGGCCCUGUCCUACCCACCACCAGAACCACCAUCUCCUACAGCUCCAGGACCAAGAUACCUCUGGGUCUGUCACAUCCCUCUCAGCUUUCUCUCAGAGGUCCACUGGCCCCGAGGCUCUCCUGUGA